CCCUACCAGAAGGUUCCCGAGAUGAAGGGGGAUCCUGGCGGGGGAGGAUAGAGCCGAGACUAGAAAAUCCAUUGGCGCCUCUGCCCAGCGUCCGCUAACGCCUUUCUGAAGGAUAGGUUUGGACCGGCUCCUGGAUCCAAACUCUUGCAGGGCCAGGAGACAAAAUGUCCUAUUUUUUGCCGAUAUCACUGGCUCCUGAAGAUAAAGGAAAAGAUGACUCAGUCAAAAAGGACAAGCCAUAUAAGAUCUUUUUCAAAGAUCUGUUUCUUUACAAAGAAAAUGAAAUGGCAGCAAAGAAAAAGGAAAAAUUUAUAAACCGCAGCAUGAAAGUCUACCAGAAGUCUACUUUUUCAUCUCGAAUGAAGAGUCGUUCACACUUGGGCCAAGUAGCAUUCUAUUCUGACACAGCUGGGGGCUCAUUCGAGAAAUUUGGGCUAGAUCCCACUUUUAUUCUAAGAUUAACAGAAGGUGUGGACACAAAAAGGACUAUUCACGAAUUUAUUAAUGACCAGAGAGACCGGUUUCUGCUGGAGUAUGCCCUGUCAACCAAAAGAAAUACAAUUAAAAAGUUUGAAAAACACAUGGUGGCGAAGGAACGGCAACUCACAAGAGCCGAAAAAAAGCUCCAAGAAGAUGCACUGGCCUUUGAAGAGUUCCUUCGAGAAAAUGACCAGAAAUCUGUAGAUGCUCUUAAAAUUGCAGCACAGGAAACUAUAAACAAACUCCAAAUGACCGCAGAACUAAAGAAAGCCAGUAUGGAGGUACAGGCGGUGAAAAGUGAGAUAGCAAAAACGGAAUUCCUCCUUAGAGAGUACAUGAAAUAUGGAUUUUUUCUGCUGAAAUUGUCUCCAAAACACUGGCAAAUCCAACAAGCGCUGAAAAGGGCGCAGAUGACAAAGAAUAGAGAGAGUAUGAAUGUCAGUCUUCCAGUACUAACAAAAUUACAUACAACGAAAACAGAGGGCAGUAAUGAGGAUGCCAGGAAGAUAUCAUUUUCAGAUGACUAUUACAUGGAAAGACGUCGCCAAGGAAAACCACACAAGAAGCCCACUCUCACCGUAGAGAAUAAGAAAUCAUCCUUAUCAAGCCACGCUGAGAGUAUCAGUUCAGAAGACAGCUUGGAAUUCUUUUUAGACAAUGAUAUGGACUAUGAUCUGGAGCCAGAGCUUUAUUUCAAAGAACCAGAAGAGUUACUUCAAGUCCUCACAGAGCUGGAAGAGCAGAAUCUAACUUUGGUACAGUAUUCCCAAGAUGUAGAUGAAAAUCUUGAAGAUGUAAAUAAAAGAGAAAAACUUAUACAGGAUAAGAUAAAUAGCAACAUAGAGUUUCUUCUGGAGCACAAGGAAAUGCUUAAGGCUAGCUGUGUGAGAGAAGAGGAAAAAGCAGCAGAACUGGAAUUAAGGUCCAGGCUAUUUAGUUUUGGAGAAUUUAAAUCAGACACUCAGGAAAAACUGAUAGACUCUCUUAGUAAAAAAAUUAAUCAAGUAUACAAAGUCUGCAUUGGAGAUGCUGAUGUUGGCAGCCUCAACCCAGUUCAAAAGCUGGUGAAAGUAGAGUCUCGCCUGGUAGAAUUGAGUGAUCUCAUUGAAUCCAUUCCCAAAGAAAAUGUGGAGGCAAUUGAGAGGAUAAAACAGAAAGAACGGCGACAAAAGUUACGUGAAGAGAAAAUGAAAGAAAAACAAAAACACCAGGAAGAAAGGCUAAGAGCUGCUCUGGAAAGAGCAGUAGCACAACCAAAGAAAAAGCUGGGAAGACGACUUGUCUAUCGCUCAAAACCGCCAUCUGGUAACAAACAUGAACUACUUUUAGUCAAGGAUACAAGAACAAAAUCACUAGAGGAUGAAUAUUUUUUCACUUGA